AGGAAGAUGUGCUGUGGUUAGAAAAUGUAUAGCUAAAUCCACAGGCCAAGAGUAUGCAGCAAAAUUUUUAAAGAAAAGAAGAAGAGGUCAAGACUGCAAAGCAGAGAUUCUUCAUGAAAUUGCCGUACUUGAAUUAAUGAAAUCUAAUCCUCGCAUAGUUAGUCUCCAUGAAGUCUAUGAAACAGCAAAUGAAAUAAUCCUGGUGUUGGAAUAUGCUGCUGGAGGAGAAAUAUUUGACUUGUGUGUCCCAGAUCUGGAUGACAGAAUUGGUGAAAGGGAUAUUAUAAGACUUAUAAGACAAAUACUUGAAGGACUUUGCUGCUUGCAUCAAAACAAUAUUGUUCAUCUUGAUUUAAAGCCUCAAAAUAUUUUGCUGAGCAGCGUCAAUCCUCUUGGUGAUGUAAAAAUUGUAGAUUUUGGUAUGUCUCGAAAGCUUGAGAAUUCUAGUGAACUGCGGCAGAUCAUGGGAACAACAGAGUAUCUAGCUCCAGAAAUCUUAAACUACGAUCCUAUUACCACAGCUACAGAUAUGUGGAACAUAGGUGUGAUUUCAUACAUGCUGCUGACACAAGAAUCUCCAUUUGUGGGAGCUGAUAAUCAAGAAACUUACCUUAAUAUAUCUCAAGUUAAUGUGGAUUAUUCAGAAGAAACAUUUUCAUCGGUUUCGCAGGCUGCCAAAGACUUCAUUCAAAAACUUCUCAUAAAAAAUCCAGAGGAAAGACCCACAGCAGAGGCCUGUCUUUCUCAUUUGUGGUUGCGGCAAGGGGAGUUCAUACUCUUGUGUAGCCCUGAAGAAACUUGUUGCUCUUCUCUGAUGCCAGGAUACACAGCAAAAUGCUCUGAAGAACGUAACAUAAAAUCCAGUUGUAAUGGUACCUGUAGCAACAAGGAAGACAAAGAAAACAUUCCAGAGGACAGCAGUACAGUCUCCAAACGUUUCCGUUUUGAUGAUUCAUUGCAGUAUCCCCAAGACUUCAUGACAGACUUGAUAUGUUAAUAUGUACUAAUGACUUAUAAAAUGAAUUCAGCAUAAUCUGUUCCAGUGGCGAAUAUAAGAUUAUGGCUUGCCAAUUUGUGCAGCAUUGCAGCGUUGGCGUACUGGAA